AUGAGCAUUAAUAUCGAAGCUUCCCACCGCGACAUCCUAAAUGCCUUCACAAAGGCGACCGCUAAUCUCAAACUCUGCCCAAAUCGUGUAUGGGCAAUUGCCAAGGCAGAACUACCUACGCUGAUCCCAGCCGACGAUGCAGUUUCAUGGCGUGGCAGCCAGGAUAAUUCCGAGUUUGACAAUCACGAGCACUGUACUUUCGAUUUUUGUGAAUACUCGCGACGCGAUUUUACUGCUGUCGAGCAACGCCAUGAGUGUUUAGAUAAAAGAGAAUGUGUUCAACUCAAGUACAUGUUUCCAAGGGAUACACUGACUCGAGCUGCAGAGGCUGGCGAGUCGACGGCAUGGAACUUGAGCGGGGAAUCCCUGACCACAUUCCCGCAACCAUAUAUGGCCAUAUCUCAUGUUUGGUCCGAUGGGACUGGAACAGGGUCUUGGUCUGAGGGAGAAGUCAACAAAUGUCUAUAUGACUUUUUCCGCGGAAUCGCCAAUCAGUUCCAAUGUAAAGGUAUCUGGUGGGAUACUCUCUGUAUACCUAGAGAAAAGUCUGCGCGAAAUAAGGCUAUCAAAAAGAUUCAGAGCAACUAUCAGGACUCGAAAAUCACCUUGGUCCAUGACUGUUUCCUCCGGAAUUGGAAAUGGACUGGCGCCGAAGCCGCGUGUUUUGCUAUUCUUAUGUCGCCGUGGUUCAGUCGAGGCUGGACUGCGCUUGAGUUAGCAAAGUCGCGUAGGGUCAAGGUCGUUUUUGGAGGACCCGAUGGACCACUCAUCAAGGAUCUUGACGAAGAGAUCCUAAAGAGAGACACAACAACUUUCAAGGCUCAUGCAAAGGCAUCUGAAAUAAUCAGGAAACUCCGUGACACCGAAAUCAAAGAAAUUGACGACCUUCUGACAGUACUUGGUCCACGAUACACCUCUUGGCCGAAGGAUAUAGCUGUCAUUUCCGGGCUUUUGGUCGGUGUCGAGAUAGUCCCCGAAGAGGCAGAACGUGAUGUCUGGCAACAAAACAUCUACAAAGCCAUUUUGAGGAAAAUACCACGAAUUUCUCACCAGCAUCUCUUCCACAAUUCGGCCACCAUGUCGCACGGAUUCAGUUGGUGUCCGACUAGCCUGUUCAGUAUGCCUAUAGCUUCUUCACCGGCCUCUCUACGCAUUGAAGCAAAUGGCAAUGUCAGUGGCAUGUGGAUACCUAUUUGCCUCGACCGCAUUAGCCAUGAGAGAUACGUUUGGAGAGGUGUACAUCCUCUGGUGAAGGCACGAGUUGACCUUGCCCUAGAAUGCCGAGACGCAUGUGUAUUAUUAGCCGAACCAAACGUGAAGCUAAUAGACAAGGCCCUGCUAGUACAGAUAAUGGUGGAGAAUGAUGCAUCUACAGUGCUAUUUUAUCGAUUCGUUGGGCCAGUAUAUUUUCACCCACCACUGACGGAACAAGAAAUUGGGAAUGUAAGGAUAACAAGGGAAGUAACAAUUGGCGAUACAGAUAAGAUGAACCAGCUGAAAAGAAAAGCUUGGGAUUGUAUUAAAGAGCUGGAUUCAAUGGCGCUCAGGGGGAAACUCCACCAGCCAAACAACUUCAAAUUGCCUCAAGAAGUUGAGCAUGAUUUCAAUACAAAGUUAUUAGGGAAACAUGUUGGAGAUUCACGUUCAACGGAAAGAAAUGCAGUUACAUUGGAACAAUUGCUAUUAGCAGCUGCGAAUGGAUCUGAAGAAGAGGCUUUACGUUUGUUAGGUCAACUAUCUGACCCUAACGUGAAAGAUGAACGUUCCUGGACAGCCCUUCACUAUGCUGUUUGGAGAGGUCACCGAGGCCUGUUUGGGGAGCUUAUCAAUACAGCGAAUGUAAACCUGAAUGAUAGACUCGGACAGCAACCGCUACACCUUGCAGCUGAACGAGGGGACCUUGAGAUGGUCAAAAGGCUUCUACACCGUGGAGCUGAUUAUGAGGCGAGGUGUACGUAUGAUGGGCAGACUCCGCUCCAUCGCGCUGCUUGGGGAGGCUCUAAAGAGCUGGUCGAGUUGUUACUGAAGACCGCGGAUAAUGCAAAUUUGCGGGACAAGGAUGGAAAUACUGCUUUGCACAUCGCAGCUGAAAAGGGUUAUGGUAGUAUCGUUGCCCUCUUAAUCGACAAGGAAAACGUCAAUUCGAAGGGUCGAGAUGGUAUGACUCCGCUGCAUUCAGCCACAAUGUACGGACACCAAGGAGUAAUCAAGCUGUUGCUUGACAGAGGUGUUGACGUUAACACCUGCGACAGUGUGGGAUGGACACCGUUGUAUUAUGCGAUAGAGAAAGGGCAUGAGGCGGUAGUUAAGCUGCUGCUCGACAAUGGUGCUGAUAUCAAUGCAAAGGACAACAAGGUUGGUUGGAUGCCGCUACACUUUGCGGCAAUGAGCGGACAUGCUGCAGUAGUUCAGUUACUACUCAAUAAAGCUGUUAGUGAUCCUGCCUCAACAAGAGAUGAAGCCGGUUGGACGCCGCUGCAUUUUGCAGCAGUGAAGGGGCACAUAGCAGUAGUCAAGCUGCUACUCGCAAAGAAUGCUGAUGCCAAGCUGAAAGACGAAAAGGUCAGCUGGACGCCACUCCAUAAUGCUGCAAUGAACGGGCUUGAUGAGGUGGCUAGGCUCCUGCUCGACCAGUACGCUGAUGUCAGUCUCGAAGAUAACGACAAGCAUUGGAUGGCGCUACACUACGCGGCAGAUAAAGGGUACAAAAAGGUAGUCAAACUCUUACUUGAAGACAAAAGCACCAAUGAGACUGUUAGAAUCCUUCUUGAAGAGAAGGGAUAUAACCAAGCGGCAAAGCUGCUGCUCAAUCAGGGCGUUGACGUCAACUUAAGGGAUGAAGAGAACGGUCGAACGCCACUACAUUAUGCAGCGCAGAGAGGGCAUGAAGAAAUAACUAAAAUUCUGCUCAAUAAUGGUGCCAAUGUCAAUGUGAAAGACGGUGAUGAACAUUUCGGCCACAUACCACUGCACUACGCAGCAGCGAACGGACAUGAAGCCGUGGCCAAGUUACUGGUUGACAAGGGCGCUGAUGUCAAUGCGAAAGAUGGCAAAAUCUACUUUGGUCAGACACCAAAAGACCACGAAGUUGACAUAAACACGUACAUUGGUCGAACGCCGCUGCACUAUGCAGUAAUGAAUGGACAUGGGAAAGUGGCUAAGUUGCUACUUGAUGCUGAUGCUGAUAUUAAUACAAGAGAUGGCGACAGACAUUCUGGUCUAACACCAUUGCACUAUGCAGCAGAAAAUGGACAUAAGGAGCUGGCGAAGCUAUUGCUUGAUCGAGGUGCUGACAUGAAUUCAAAAAACGGCAGCUGGAAUGGCAAUGAAUGCUCCAAUUGGACACCACUACACUAUGCAGUAAAUAACGGCCACAAGGACAUGACUGAGGUGCUUCUUGACAAGAAUGCCGAUGUCAACCUAAGAGAUGACCAGGAGCGGACGCCGUUGCAUUAUGUAGCUAAGAAAGGGCACACGGUAAUAGCCCAGCUGCUGCUUGACAAAGGCGCUGAUAUCAAUAUACAAGACAGCAAAAAUGGCUAUGGUCAGGCACAGGCACCAUUGCACUAUGCAGCAGAGAACGGGCAUGAGGAGUUGGUGAAACUCCUACUUGAAAGAGGGGUUGAUGUCAAUAUAAGGGAUGGCAAAGAAUCUUCCAACCGGACGCCACUGCAUUAUGCGGCGGAGAAUGGGCAUGAGAAGGUGGUCAAUCUAUUAAUCGUCAACAAAGCUGAAGUCAAUCUAAAGGGCAUCUAUAAUGGCUCUUGUGGGACACCGCUAUCCUAUGCGGCGGGAAACGGGCAUGAAGAAGCAGUGCAGCUACUGCUUGACAAUGGCGCCGACGUUCGGAUCAGUCGGGCGGGAAAUAUGGAUACGCCAUUACAUGGUGCUGCAUGGGGUGGACAUUUAGCGAUUGCUAAAUUGCUAAUCGAGAAAGGCGCUAACGUCAAUGCGAGGGAAUUUAGAGAAAGGAAAGGACCUAAUCGGAUGCCUGUGCAUUAUGCGGCAUCUUGGGGUCAUGAGGAGAUAGUCAAGUUGUUGAUUGACAAUGGUGCGGAUUUCUACACGGGUGAUGAGAACGUGCGGUACGUUCGGCCUGGCAAUGCGAGCGCUAGGUACUACGACUUGAAGGAUGACCGGCACUUUGGUCCGACUCCGCUACACUAUGCAGCAAUGUACGGUCAUGAAAAAGUAGUCGAGCUGCUCCUUGACAAAGGCGUUCCAGUCAGUCUAAAGGACCGUGAGUACCAUAGUCAUACACCGCUACACUAUGCAGCAGAGUACGGACAUGAAAAUGUUGUCAAACUGCUGCUGAAUCGGGGAGCCGAAAUUAAUAUCAGGGCCCAUUCAGAGCCUAUAAGCUUCAGAGAAUAUGUUAAUGGAACACCACUACAUUAUGCAGCGGCAUACGGACAUGAAGAGGUUGUCAAGCUGUUGCUUGACGAAGGCAUCGAUGUUAAUGCAAAAGACUCCUUCUUACCCUUCUCCUCUUUGACACCUUUGCAUUACGCAGCAAAGAAAGGGAGCGUAGCGAUAUGCAAAAUGCUCCUUGAAAGAGGUGCUACCAGCAGCUUGAACAAUGGCCCGUACGGCAAAACACCGCUGCAUUAUGCAGCACAACAUGGCCAUGAGACUGUAGUUGAACUAUUCCUCGACAACGGUGCCGAUAUCAACAGGAGGGAGAACAUGUUCUCUCGCCAGACCCCUCUACAUUUGGCAGCGGGGUGGUACGGUAAAGAACAUGAGGCGGUGGUUAAGCUACUACUCGAAAGGGGUGCCGACACAAACGUAAGGGAUGAUAUCUUCUCUCGCCAAACACCCCUACACUAUGCAGCAAAAAAUGGAUACGCGAAAUUAGUAGAACUACUGCUCGAAAAAGAUGUUAAUAUAGAUGCAAAGGACGGCAUCACCUCUCGCCAAACGCCGCUACAUCACGCGGCGAGGAACGGGCAUGAGAAAGUAGCACGGCUGCUACUCGAAAAGGGCGCCGAUAUAAGCGCAACAGAUGGCAUUUUUUCUUGCCUAACGCCUCUGCACCUUUCGGCAAUUUAUGACCACCAAAAAGUGACGAGAGUGCUGCUCGACAAGGGUGCCGACCCAAACGUCAAAGCUGGCAUCUUUUCUCUCCGAACGCCGCUACACCAGGCGGCAAGGAAUGGGCAUGAGGAGGUGGCAAAGCUCCUACUUGACAAUGGCGCUGAUAUCAAUGCAAAGGACGGCAUUUUCGUCCACCAAACGCCGCUGAACUACGCGGUAAAUAAGGAGCGUAAUGAUCUGGAAAGGCUGCUGCUUGGUCGAUCGACGUAG